AAAAAAUGAUUUUAAAAUCUCUUGAUAUACAUCUGAAAUUUCUGAAUAUUUUAAAAUGUUUAUAUUUUGAUAAUUUGAUAAUUUUAUAAUAUAAUAAUUUUAUGCUAAAUUACAGAGAGUAGCAAAGAAGAAAAUUUGAGCUCUAAGCCUAAAACAGAACCUAAAUGGGAGCUUCGGAGACAGAGAAAAAUUAAUCCUCGAUAUGCAUCGGAUGAAUUUUCUUCUAUCUUUAAUAAUAGCAAAUGGUCUUGCAGUAGUUCAAGUAGUGCUGAUUCUGAUUCUUCCAAUCAUUCAGAUAAAGCUUCUAAUCAAGAAGCUAAACAAAGUGAUGAUUCUUCUUCUGCUAACAGUGAUAAUGAAGAAGCUGAAAUGAAUAGUAAGAAGACAAAAAGAAAGCAUUCAAAGAAUUUAGAAAUUGAACAGAGUAAAGCAAAAAAAGUAAAAGAAAAUCAAGAAUUGAAAGAAACUGUACACGACAAAAAAGAAAAUUCUGGCAGACGGACUCGAUCAAAAUCUCUUGACACACAUUCUUCUAAUAAAGACAGUGAUUUGGCUUCCAUUCCUGCAUGUACUGAAAAUGAAACCAGUAAUACAGAUAUAAAAACCAAAACUUCUGAAUUAAAUCCUUUACCAGAUAGUUCAAAAGAAGUAAGGAAUAGCAGAAAAGAAAAUGCGAAACAGGAUUUGUAUAGCAAAACAGAUGAGUCAGACAUACAGAUAUGCACUAGGAAACGUCAGAGAGAUCUUUCUCCCAGUUCAUCUAAAAGGAAACGAUAAUUCUCUUCCACGAUGACCUAUAACAUUGCUGUGGUUUUCCGUACUAAAUUUUGUAACCUAUAGUUCGUUUUAUAGCUUGAUUUGUUAAAACAAAUCAUGGACACUUCAUAAAAUAUGAUAUUCAAAUCAUUGGAAUGUCUAUUAAAAAAAACUGUCAGGUUUUCUUCCAAUUUUUGGAACAGACUGAUUUAUAUUAGAGAAAUCUUUUUAGGAAAAUAUUUUGAUAGCUAAUCAUUUGUAAAUAAUUCAUUCAUGAAACCAAAUCCAUAUAAAUCAACAUUUGUAUUAAUUAUGAUAUAUAUCAUAAUUCAUCAUUUAAGAUAAAAUCUUUGAAUUUAAUAUGAUAGUAGACUCACCAGAAAGUAUUAAGAAUAUUUAGAUUUCAUUAUCAAAUAUAACUGACAGACCUAUAAUUAAAAUUACACAUUUAUAUAUAAUAAAUGUAUCUUUUUAAAUAUGAAUGACGUCUCUCAAAUAUACUUAUAUAUGCUAAUACUCACUUUUAAUGUAAGAUUUAUGACUAAAUUUGUUUACAUAAGUGUUGUCUCAUUCACUUAUAAAAUGUCAAAUUUAUGUUUCAAUUGUGUUUUUAUCCUUUGUAGAUCAUUUAAAUAAAUAUGAUCAUUUUUUUUAUACUAAUUAAGUAUAAUUUACUUAAAAUUUUGACAUUGAAAAAUAAUUGUAGCAUGUGUUUGCUUAAUAUAUUUUUGCAUCGUGGAUUUAUACAUUGAUGCAUACAAAAUAUCUUUUCAUUUACAUAUCUCAAACAAGAUUGUAAAUAAUAUGAGGUAAUAUGUUCUCAUUUAUUUUAUUUUACAGUGUGUUUCAAUCAAGAGAGAAAUAUAUGCUCAUUUUUAACAUUGUAAAUUUAUACUUAGAGAGUAUUUAGUUUACUUAAUAUUGAAAAAUUAGCAAUAAAAAAUUGUUUCUAUAGCAAAUUCUUGUGUAGGGAGGUUAUUAUAUGAUAAUGCUGUUUUAAUUCAAACUUCUAAACAUUCUUUUAUAAUAAGCUUGUUUUAAACACACAAAGUAGACCCCAAAAUAAAUAGGAGAAAAUAUUUACAUAAUUGCUUUUAUUAGUGAUGUUUAAACAUUCAUAAUUUGAUUAAACACUAAAUAUAUGAUAUAAUAAUUUUUUGGAGUACAGUAAUACCCCAAAUUUACGCGAUAGGUGGAACCAAGCGGUAAGCGCGUAAGUCGAAUUCGCAUAAG